AGCUGACAAGGUACGGCGGCGUUUACACUUCGCCGAUCUCAAACGGCGAGACGACGAGUGGCACAAUUCACGCACUCUUUCAACGGCAGUUGCGAACAAUCCAAAACAAACACCACCAUCCCUCGCCCCUCCCCUCCGCCGCGUCGCCGCCGUGCUCUCCUCCGUCCCCUCCCUCCUUCCGUUUCAAAAAAAACGGCAAAAUUAACCCCUCCCAUCUGAUGAGCAGCACGACUCUUCGACGCCUCAGAGAGUCAAAUACAACCCCUGCCAUCUGCCGAAUACUCCAUUAAUUUAUUCAAUCCAAAACCUCCAUAUUUAAACUCACUCCACAUCCAACUCCCAGGAUGCCAUCUCCAGCGCGAAGGCUCAUGGCGAGCAUCUCCAGUACCUUAUCGCUGAAGCACGGGCUGUCGCUUCGUCCCACGCAUCAGCAGUCCGCUUCACUUAUCCGCACCUCGUCGGCGCCGGGAAUCGGGUUUCGAAGUUUCAGGAGGAGUUUCGUCGCCGCUUCCUCCUCUGCCUUCUCAAACGAGAAUCGCGAGUUUGUGAUCGUCGGGGGCGGGAAUGCAGCGGGAUACGCAGCCCGGACUUUCGUCGAGCACGGAAUGGCCGACGGGAAGCUCUGUAUGGUGACCAAAGAGCCACAUGCUCCUUACGAGCGUCCUGCUUUAACAAAAGCAUAUCUGUUUCCUCUAGAUAAGAAGCCUGCACGUUUACCUGGCUUCCAUACUUGCGUUGGUUCUGGUGGGGAAAGACAAACUCCAGAUUGGUACAAAGAGAAGGGGAUAGAGAUGAUCUAUCAAGAUCCAGUUGCGAGUAUCGAUAUUGAAAAGCAGACUGUUACAACAAAUUCAGGCAAGCUGCUCAAGUAUGGUGCUCUUAUUGUUGCUACGGGAUGCACAGCUUCAAGGUUCCCAGAGAAAAUUGGAGGAAAUUUGCCUGGCGUCCAUUACAUCAGGGACUUGGGAGAUGCUGACUCGCUGAUAUCAUCUUUGGAAAAGGCAAAGAAGGUAGUCGUUGUUGGGGGUGGUUAUAUCGGUAUGGAAGUAGCUGCGGCAGCUGUUGGUUGGAAACUUGAUACAACGAUUGUGUUCCCUGAGAAUCAUCUGUUGCAAAGGUUGUUCACUCCUUCACUUGCUCAGAGAUACGAGCAGUUUUACCAAGAAAACGGGGUUAAGUUUUUGAAGGGUGCCUCUAUAAAGAACCUAGAAGCGGGUUCUGAUGGUCGAGUUUCUGGUGUUAAGCUAGAAGAUGGAUCCACUUUGGAAGCUGAUACGGUGGUAAUUGGAAUUGGUGGGAAGCCAGCUGUAAGUUCCUUUGAAAGUGUGGGAUUGAACUCCUCUGUUGGUGGAAUAGAGGUCGAUGGUCUGUUCAGGACAAAAGUACCAGGAAUAUUUGCAAUUGGAGAUGUUGCAGCAUUCCCUUUGAAGAUGUACAACCGCAUAGCACGAGUUGAACAUGUAGACCAUGCUCGUCGAUCUGCCCAGCAUUGUGUUAAAUCGUUGCUUACUGCUCACACUGACACGUACGACUACCUCCCUUACUUCUACUCAAGGGUUUUUGAGUAUGAAGGGAGCUCAAGAAAGAUCUGGUGGCAGUUCUUUGGCGACAAUGUUGGCGAGACAGUUGAAGUAGGAAACUUCGAUCCAAAAAUCGCUACAUUCUGGAUUGACUCUGGUAAACUGAAAGGAGUUCUCCUGGAAAGCGGAAGUCCAGAGGAAUUUCAGUUGCUUCCUGAACUUGCUAGGAGGCAGCCUGCGAUUGACAAAUCGAAGCUUGAGAAGGCAUCUUCAGUUGAAGAAGCACUAGAAAUCGCCAGGUCUUCCCUGUAACUAUCUUCCGCUGCAUUGCCUCCACUCCAACAGAAGAAGAAAAAUCUCUUCCCUGAUAAUGAAAUGGGGGUUUGGUAGGGGAAGUGGAAAAAUGAGGGAAUAUCUUGCUGAAGGAAGCUUCAUAGGGUUUUUCUUCGUUCUUAGCAAGUCAAUAAGUGAUGUGAAGAGGGUCAAUUGUCAUUAGUGCAAAUCAUAGGGGUUGCAAAUUUGAACUUGGCUUCUUCCUUUUUUCUGAUCAAUUUUGUUGAGCAUCAGCUACUUAAGAUGUCAUUUCCCCCCUCAUAACUCUUAUUAUUGAUAAGUAUGUUAUUCACGUCAAACUAUGAAACUUAUGUGUAUUUGUUUGUCUAUGUAUUGAGAAACAGAUAUCUGUACCAUUGUCCAUUAAUUAUGGACACAGCCAACUUGAGGAGUUGGAAACUUAGGAUGUGGCCGCAUAAAAGAAAUGCAGAUUUCAGUUAUUUCAACC